ACUCGUUCAACGGUUGAACUUUCAAGUUUUCAACUUUUCAAGAAAUAAAAAAAUACAAUUUUAACGGAAAUAUUGUGAAAUUAUCAUUUUUGUUUUUCUUCAAGAAGUCUCCCACAGAAAGCUACUGAUCUCUGACACACACAUUUCUGAACUUGAAGCCUCAGCAGCACAUGAACGUAUGAGCUGAUAUCAGGGGUUGUGUUUAUAUUAUUGUUCCUCUAUAUUUGUCAAUCAAUUUCAAAGCUAUGGCCCAAGUCUCAAUAUUACCAGAAGAUUAUGAUACUCUUAAAAUAGAGUACCUGUCCCUUAAGAAACAACUAGAUAAUGUGAACCAGGAGCUUUAUGAUUGCAAACGGCAAUUGAAAACAAUGGGAGCUUUGCAAAUGGAUUACCAAAGUGAAAUUGAUAUGUUACAAAGUGAUCAAAUUCGACAAAAGCAAAAAUACCAAGAAACAAUUCUAAAUCUUGAAGAGCAGAUCAACAAAAUGCGAUCAACUCAUAGUGAACAAAUACUAACACUGGAAACUGAUUUAAUGAAAAUGGAAGAGAAAUAUGAAAGCCUGGAAAGUGAAGUUGAUGUUUUAAGGAAGUCUAACACAGAUAUGUCUUUUGGUGGUGAUACUAGUAAACUUAUAGAGGAGAUACUGAGCCUCAAAGAGGAAAAUAAUGGCUUCAAUGAAAAUCACCAGGAAUUGUUGACUAAUUUAAAAGACUUCCAGGAAAAAAAUACAGAACUUCAAAGGUCUUUAGUUGAGUACAAGGAAGAAAUUUCAAAUCUGAAAGAAAGUUUAGAUUGUAAGAGGGAUGAACUUGCAGAGAAAAAUAUCUUGAUACAGCAAUUAAAUGAUGAGGUAUUUUGUCUAAAAUCUGAACUAGAAUCACACAAAAGUAAACCAUUGGAUGAAAAGAGUAAAGGAAACUCAUUAUUUGCAGAAGUAAAUGACAGGAGAGUUUAUCUACAAGACACUAUCAAUAAAAUGAAGGUUGAAUAUAUCGCUAUGAAACAAGAGAGGGCAAUUAACUCGAAUACUAUACACCAAUUGAAAUUAGAAAUCGCCAGAUUGCUCAACAGAUGGAAAACAGAAAAAACCGAAAAAGAAGAUGACGAAUAUGAAGUCGUCAACUCUCUACAGGAUCGAAUAAAAGUUUUGGAAGAUACAAUUGCUAGAUGCAACAAAGAAUUGGCAUCCAAGCCAGUGGUCAUGUACAAGAACAAUUUUGAGGAAAUUCAUCAGUAUUAUGAAGUUGUACUGAAAAAAAAGAACAAAGAAAUCAAAGAAUUAGAAGAACAGAUCUCUUCCAGAACAGUAUCGCGCAUUUUGAUGUCCACCGCUUUGAAAAAGGCAAACGAGGAGAAGAGAAGAUGGCAACUAGAGGCCACCAUGAAACAAGAGCAGCUAGAGCUGAGAGAUAUGGAAGGAAAAAUUGAGAGCAAAUGCGCUCAGGACACAGAUAUUGACAGUUGUCAAAAAUCAGAAAGGCCAACCAGUGCCCUCAAACAGAAGAGUGAAGAUAACCUUGAGAGAGAGCGUGAAGACAAGAAUGAAACCAUCAGCAAUAUGAGUGAUGAUUGUAAAGUAUCUGACAUAGAAAAACGACCAAGUGCUUUGAAACUCACAAAGGACAGCAAAGAAAUUGAAAUUGAAGAUGAAAACAGGAGAAGCAAUGUAACCAUUAGAAGAUCUGAAAGUGACUAUUGUGGAAAAUCCAGUCAGGAAAAAAGAAUGAGUGCUUUGAAAAAGAUCAAAGAAGAGCAUAUCCACAGUAUUGAGGAUGAAAUACAAGAUUUGGGAAAAAAGAUCAGUAACAUAACUUUAAGAAGAUCUGAGAGUGAGAGCUGCAGGAAAUCUAACCAAGAGAAGCGAACAAGUACCUUGAAAGAAAUAAGGGAAAUUAAUCUGUUAGGAAAUAAUGAAGCAACAGCAUCUAUAGAGCCGAAUAAAAAUGUCAAUGACACGAAAACCCAAGAGAUAAUAGUGAUUGAAGAUAAUGAUGAGGACAUUGAUGGUUGUGCAAAAGGACUGGAUAAAGAAAAUUGUCCUGGAACUAGAACACAACAUCCCAUAGAGAAAAUUAAACCUCAGAAAAAGGCAACGUUUUCUGAAGACACUGUUUCUCCUAAGAAAACUACAACUGGUUCAAGAACCUGCAGAAGAAUAAUUAGAACAAAUCCAGUUUUUUUCACAACUGAUCCAAAAUAAGUUGAACAAUUUUGGUGUUAUUCUAAUAGUCAAAAUGCUGGUUCAAUCCAUGGGAAUCCUAUGGAAAAUAGUAAGACUUUUUAUAAAUGUUUUAUUUUUUCUUUUAUAUCUGUUUAUGUGUUAAUUUGUCCUGUUAGUGAGAUAAUCCAUUUCAUUUUCAAACCACCUCCAAAAAUUUACAUAUAUUAAAUGUUUUGCAUCUUAUUUUCUGGUAGAUUGGAAUUUUGAAAAAACCGAGGAAAACAAAAUAAUUUGAAAUUAAAACUCUCCAAUAUGGAGUCCAAAUCUGGAAAGUCACCAUAUACUUGGUAUUUUGUUAAAAAAUGUUCAAUAUGCUUCAAUGUUCAACUUAUUUACAACUCAUAGCUGAUCUUAGUUGACAGAAAAUUAUUGGUAGUCACAAAUCCACAUCGCUUUCUUGUUAGAAGAUUAUUUCUUUUUGAUGCAAUAUUUUUGUUUCUAUGUUAUUAUUUAGAUCCGCAAAUAUACAGGGUGAGUCUUUUUUUAGCAGGACUUACGAUUUUAAGAUGAAAAUCUCGUAAACAUAUCAGAUUAUAGAUAAUCAAAAACGCCGAAUAGCCCUAAAUAUUCAGUUUUUUCAGUGUAAUAGGUGUGCCAAAACUGCCAAAUUUCAAUUCAUUACUUUGAAGAUUGUAAGAGGAAACUUGCAAACAUCGAAAAAAUCUUAAACUUCGACUCCCAGUUAACCGAAAACGAAUCCCCCACGCACAUAAUAUGUUUACAUGAUAUCAUCGUCUUGAUAAUAUGUGUUCUUCAGACUGAUGAAGUCCUUCAACAAAAAACUGACUCACCCUAAGAAUAUUCAUAAUGAGGUUCGGGUUAUUUCGAAAAAAAUGAAAAAGACUUCUACCGAAUUAUGUAAAUACAAAUUUUAAUUAUAUUUAUGUAUAAUGUAUUUACAAUAAAUAUAUAUUUUCAUAUUUUGAU